CACCACCAGCACCCAUGGCCUGCAGGUCCUCCUGACCCAGUCAGCUGAGCAGCCAUGCUACGAAUACGGUACCGCGUGAGAUACAGCACGCCGGGCGUCGUCGCUGCGAGGCUGUUUUCUUCCGGUCCGGCCAAGAACCCCGUCGUGUUUUUGGACAUCGAGGCCGACAGUGAGCCUCUCGGAAGGAUAACCAUCGAGUUGAAUGCAGAUGUCGUGCCAAAGACUGCAGCAAACUUCCGCGCACUGUGCACGGGGGAACCUGGCUUCGGAUUCAAGGGAUCUGUUUUCCACAGGGUCAUACCUGAGUUUAUGUGUCAGGUAAGAGUUACAGUAAAGAUGGAGGCGCACUGGAUGUGUUCGCCAUGUUGUCUGUUGCUGUGUUUUCUGUUUCAGGGGGGAGAUUUCACCAACCACAACGGCACAGGAGGGAAAUCUAUAUACGGGAAGACAUUCAAAGAUGAAAACUUCAUAUUAAAACACACUGGUCCAGGAACACUUUCGAUGGCAAAUUCAGGGCCAAACACCAACGGCUCCCAGUUCUUCAUCUGUACGAAUAAAACUGAAUGGCUUGAUGGUAAACACGUGGUGUUCGGGCAGGUGAAGGACGGUAUGGACGUGGUCACCAAGAUGGAAUCGUUUGGUUUACAUGACGGCGGUGUGAUUAAAACAAUUCUCAUCACUGACAGUGGGGAGAUCCCCCAAGAUCACACAAGGACUUCUGUCGGAUGACUCGGGAUGCAACCAGUCUGUAUUUGCUUCAUCUUUCACCCGUGUUCAUGAUGCUUUCAAGGAGGAACCGUCACCUGUGAUCCUGCUCAUCCCUAAAAACUGAUAUUUUUACUUUUUAUUAUGAUUUUAGAAGAUAUCUCGCUUUUCCGAGUUUAAACUUUGAACCGUGCUUUGUGUACAAGCAAGUAGUCCGCUUUGUAAAAUGUUCUUAUUGUGCAAUUACUCUCUAUUUACAGCCAAAUAAAAUGAUGAUGUUUUCA